AAAAAAAAAAGGUUUUGCUCUGUUCCUUGGAGAGGGAAACAAGCAGCAUCUUUGUAGAGAAGAACAGAGAAACCAGAAUUCUCCAAAACCAAAACCCAUUUUCUUCUGUGUGUGUGUGUGUGUGCGCGCGCGCGCAGAAGCUGCUACAGCUCCCCUGUGUCACUAUCACCUUCCAAACCCUUCUCUAUUUCAAACCAGGGAAGAACAGAGAACUUUUCUUAAAGCAAAGGGCAUCUUGAAUCAGCCGUUUCUGUGAAAACCCAUCAUUCCUAUUACUCAAAUGCAGCAGCACCUGAUGCAGAUGCAGCCCAUGAUGGCUGCCUAUUAUCCUAACAACGUCACUACUGAUCACAUUCAACAGUAUCUGGAUGAGAACAAGUCACUGAUAUUGAAGAUUGUUGAGAGCCAAAACUCUGGAAAACUGAAUGAAUGUGCAGAGAAUCAAGCAAGGCUACAGAGGAACCUCAUGUACUUGGCUGCCAUUGCUGAUUCUCAACCACAACCAACUGCCAUGCAUGCCCAGUACUCUUCCAGUGGCAUAAUCCAACCAGGAGGACAUUACAUUCAGCACCAACAAGCUCAGCAGAUGACGCCGCAAUCACUGAUGGCUGCUCGGUCGUCCAUGUUGUACACCCAGCAGCCAUAUUCAACGCUGCAGCAGCAACAAGCUUUGCAUAGCCAACUCGGGAUGAGCUCGGGAGGAGGCAUAGGAUUCAACAUGCUGCAAAACGACGCAGCCAAUGCAGGAGGAGGCAACGGAGGAGGACUUGGAGGAGGAGGAGGAGGAGGAGGAGGCUUUCCAGACUUUGGCCACGGCGGUAGCCUAGGCGGUGGGAGCAAGCAAGAAAUGGGAGGCACGGGGUCGGGGGAGGGACGAGGAGGGAGCUCCGGGAGCCAUGGCGGUGACGGAGGUGAGACGCUGUACUUGAAAUCAGCUGAUGAUGGGAACUGAAAGCAUGGAUGAAAAGUAGGUAGAAUAGAAGUUAGCUUUAUGUGUAAACAAUGGUGUGAGGAUUCAAACCUCAUAAAACUUAAAACUUCGGUAUCCUCUUCUUACAAUAUUCUCACAAAUGU